AUGGCGCAGGCGAUCCUUUCGUUGUUCUCCUGGGGAACCAUUAAAUCCCUCCUAAUCUUCUUCGGACCAGUCCUCCUCCCACGAGUGAUCAACUCCUAUCGCGCAUUUCGCGUCCAGCUCGCCCAUCGUCCGCCUCCGCGUGAUAUUCCAUCGCAGGCCAGCCGCGCUCUGAACGUCUUAUUCGUGGCUAUCCUGGUCUUUUUCAUACUCAGCGUGCCCAUCAACCCGCACGCGCCGGCGCCCAACAUCUUCUGGCAGACGGGGUCGCGCAUCACCACGCCGACCGAUGUCAUCUUUGCGCGGCUGGCCCGCUUCCGGCCUGAACAAACAUUGAACGACUACGACAAACUGCUACGGUCCAGCCUGACAUCGACGGCGGCUCGCAAGAUCUAUCUGCGCUACGGACCUGAUGCGCUCCUCUCAUGCCAGUUUUGUGGCGGACCAGACGAGUCGGCGGUUGCAUACUUGCUUUAUUAUCUGCCCCUGAACAGCGUGGUGCCGCAUCUGCUGCACCUGCUCGUCCUAGGACUAGUCACUGCGGCGCCGUUUGCAGGCUCGGACGCGGCAAAAUGGCGUAACUGGUUUACUGUAGCAGGCCUGAUUCUUGCCGGGCUGGAUUUCUACGUGAUGGGAGCUUAUGAUCCGCUUGCUGCUGCAUCUGCGGCUGUUCGUGCGGGACAGCAACCGCCGGCCAGUCUGUUCCAUGCGAUGAGCUUCCUGCGACCACUGGGAUUUGCGCUUUUUGAUAGUGUUUGUGCUGGGCUGGUCUAUGUCUCGGCCACGCAUCGGUUCUUCUUCAGCCCGCCGUCGCAGGCAGAUCAGAUCAACCAGCUGGUGGCGGGCGCGACGGCGGCGCUGACCACAGUCAACCAGAAGCUGCACGGGGUCAGCGUGGCGCGCAACGCGGUGGUACGCGACAAGACGCUCAAGGCGCGCGACGACUGGUACUGGCGCACGGCGGUGGCGAUGGAGAGCUCGAGCGAGACAGAAGGCGGCAGUGUCUGGGAAGACGAGGAGGUGGUGCGCGCCAUGUCGCGGGCGAUGAACGGGCAGGGCGUGGAUAUGGCACAGCUCGGGGCCAGCGCUGGCGAGUAUGUCGACCGCAUCACGGGGGGGUUAGAGCGGGAUGUACAGUAA